AUGUAAGAUUAAGAAAUUCUGAAAAAUGAAAACAAACCUUUCAUUCCUCAAUAACCAAAACCAAUUAAUCGGACUGUUCUUCAAUCAUUACUCCAUGAGACUAAGAAACUAGUAAAAUUAUCACUAUCCUCUAGAGAAUAUCAAGAUUAUUGCAAUGUUAAAGGAGCUUGUGGAUAAACUAUUCCACUUAUCCUCAUUCUACCAAUCAGUCUUGCUAUAGGUACGUCUUAACUGAUGUUGCUAUUUUUUUAAAAUAUUCAAGACGGACCUGUAUUGCCUGCCUUGAUUUAAUUUCUUUUAUUAUAAGCUGCCCAAACUUUGAUACUGUAUAUGAUUCUUAAAGCCUGUGAAGUUAUUCCCAAAAAAAUUGAAAAUCCUUUAUUAUUUGGCAGGAUAACAUCUUACAUUUUCACCUGUUUAAGCAUUGCUGAGGGAACAUUACUAAUUGAAAGAAUAACAAAUUUCAACGAAUUGUCAUAAUCUUAUUUUUGGACUAUUAUUGGAUUAAUAAUUUGGUAAAAGAUAAUACAAUUAUUUAUUUAUGAUUAUAAACUUAGAAUAGGCUUAAUAAUAUUUUUGUAUAUCUAUUAUGUAUUUAGAGUUGAUAGCGAUUUAUUCAUUAGAGAUAUAAUAAAAGUAAUAGCUUACAUAUUAUUGGAAAUUAUUUUCAUUAUCGAUUCUGAAUUAAAGAAUUACUCUCAAUAUUAAUUCGAAAAUAAUAUGUAAUUUAGAAAUAACAAAGAAGAAGUUCAAUUCAUGAUUCCAUAAGUCCACAUGCAGACACAACAAUAGAUUUUGGAAUUAAUUACUAAUCAAUUUCCCAUCAUUCUAUUUGAUUAGACUAAAGAAUUAAUUCAUAUCUCAGGAAUAGGAUUAAAAUAAUUGUAAUUGGAAGAAGAUUAAAACAUCGAUUUGAUAUCAGCAGAGGUCAAAAUAAGAAAGAUGGAGGUCUUAAAAUUAUUCUCAACAAAUUAAUCUAACAAAGAUAAUUUAGUUUAAUUGAAAAGAUUGGCUAAAUUUGGAUCUACUUGUGGAACUAAUGAAAAAGGAGAGUUAUUGCAUUCCCUUCUAAAUGGACCAGCUCUUUAGCAGUUGCGUAUAUUGAGAUAGCCACAAGAAAAUCAAAGAGUCAUUCAUUACAAUCCAGAUGGUAUUUUAGAGUAAUUACUUAAUAAUUUAAUAAAUGAAUAAUAGACUGAAUACAAAGGAAUAUCUAAAUUUAAUCUACCAAAAAAUCAAUGCAAAUACUUUUAAUUUACUUUAAUUAAAGUACCCAAGGGAGAUAACUUUUAGAUUUUCUUAAUUUUAGAAGAUAUAACUUAAUUAUAUCAAGAUAUCAAUUUGAACUAGAAAAAUGAAGAUGAUGACCUUCCAAUUAUGUGUCAAGAAUUCAGAUAAAUGUUGUUCUGCUAAUAAUAAUUUUAAAUUCCUCUCAAAUUGCUCAACAUUGAAAUCAAAAAUACACUCAGGUGUUCCAAAACUUAAUAUUUACAAGAGGAAUUAUUUGAUGCAGACAACUUAAUUAAAUAAUUAUAAGAAAAGUAUCAGAACCAAAUUAAUCCUAAUAUUAAAUUAUAAUUCUUAAAUAACCUAAAAUAACAUACUGGGGAAUUUAAAACAGAUCAAUUGAGAUUAACAUAAAUUAUGUAAAUUCUACUGGAUAAUAGCAUUAAAAAUACUAAAGAAGGAUUUAUAAAGAUAAUUAUUGAAGAUGAUUUUAGAUAGAAUUGUAUCUAAAUAGUAGUUGAAGAUACUGGUAAAGGAAUUAAUUUGGAUAUCUUCUAAGAAGAAUUUAAUGUUAAUUCAAUCCGAUCCUUGCAAAUAGUUAAUUACAUAACUAAGAUUUUAGGUCCUGUAUUUCAAUGCAAGAAAAUAACAGGCCAGCUUGCUAAUAAAGGAUUAAGAAUUAAGUCCUUACAGGAUUGUGGUACAAGAAUAUCUUUUUCAAUCAGAAAUCUAGCUUUAGAUGAGUUUAGUACUCAGUUCAUAAUAGAUGAAGAAAUAACUCAAGACGAAAUGGACGUUGAUGUUGAAGAGAAUGAAAUCAUGGAGAGGUACAUAAGAGAUGAUGAUCAAAUAUAACAUUUAUAAAGACUUAAUAAAGGAUUGAGAUCAUUAAUUAUUAAUAGAUAAUAAACUCAAAAGAUUGCUAAGCCAAUAGAUAUCAACACUAACAAAAAAUAAACUAAAUUAGUUGGCAUGAUGAAACUAUAGGAGUUGGGGAGAUUCAAGAAUAUUUAAAAAUAGAAUGAAUCUUGUUAAUGUAGUUACAAAUUAAUUAUCAAUUCAAAUUAAGAAUUUGAAAGAGUCAUCAAAUAACAUACAUAGGACAAUGUUUCAUUUAUUAAUGAACAAGAUUCAUACAAACAUAUUAGUUUAAGAUUAAGAGAUAAAGUUUGUUAGAAUAAUUCUUGUUAAUAUUUUAAAAAUAUCAUUGUCAAUUGUCACAACACUAAUUUCAAUUAUAGAGAAUUAAUAACAAAGAUUCUUGGAAUCAAUAAUAAUUUUAAAAUUAUUAUUUUAAUAUAUAAUUCCUAUGGGGAAAUGGACACAUUAGGAAAUUGCUUCAUGAUGCCAAUUCAAUUGGAUAUGUUACUAUAAUACUUAUAAAGUUGA